AUGCGUCAAUCGACUAAUUCAUUUCAAGAACAAAACGAAAAAGCAAUGUCAGCUGAUUCGAUGUUUCUCAUUGCAUUAUUGUCAUACACAUUGAUAAAUCACUCAGUUUCAUGCAAGUAUUAUGAACGAUCGCACAAUGGCACGAAUGUAGGCGUCAACUACUCUGGUAAGGACACUGCUAUUGGACAUGGUGCCUGUAUUGAUGACUUCAAGAAAUCCGGAUUGAGAAGGAUUUCCUCCAUUCAAAAGUGUGUUUAUAAGAAAAAUGAAACGGUUUAAUAUACCAAUAAAUCGAACAAUGGGACGAAAUCUUGUCGAUGCUAAUCAAUGAAUAUAAUACGCUUAUAAAUAUUGUGUGCUCUUAACUAAAUAUAUGCAUAUGAACUCAUGAAAUCAGUAUUCUGAGAGGUUCCAAACAAUGAUUAGUAGUUGGCAAACAUCGGCUCGUCACGUCGUCGGAUAUAAUGUAGUUAAUCUGUUUGAACGUUGUUUGGUCGACCAUCAUUCACAUUGUUUGUGACCUACUGAAGUGCAAAACUCGACUACUUAACACGCUGUACUAUGUUCGCCGUUAACAGUAAGGCAUUGAUUAU